UUAGUGUAAUACCUAAGCUCUGACUGUACUUUAAUUAUGCUUUUUACUUCCUUACCUUACCUUUUCUUGUUCUGCACCAGCGGUUGAGCUAUUAGAUUAAAUUGGUAGUUGCCUUGAGUUACUAUCUGAAUACUCUUUAUUAGUUAAACAAACUGUCAGAAAGAUGAUGUAAAGAAGGAAAAAAAAUUAUGAAAUCAUUAAUGAAGAAAUAAAUUUGUAUAUAUUUUAUUUAGGGUAAAAUUUGAUAUUGUUGAUAUAAGAAAUUCAUAGAUGAUAGGUGGAAUUUGUUGUUUUGCAUUGAGGAAAUGUGCAGUUAGCUUGGGACACUCCAAUAUCCUGUUACAUUCUUGGACAUUGGACAUUGAUGCGGAGUUGGUUUCAAUUAGAAAAAGAAAAUAAAGGAAAAUCAAUGUAAGCCGUUCCAAUUAGUUUGGAAUUAAAGAGAGUGGUGGUUGUUCUUGUUGUCUUUAUGUUCCAGGUUGAAUCAUUUUACAGGGAGAGAUUGGCGUUAGUGGGAAUGCACCUUACUUAAAAUUGUGAUCUGGGGGGAUGGAAUGAGCAAAUCCGGAAGUUGUGGGUCGUAAUCAACAAGAUAUGUGUGAAAUUGCACGAUUCAUUCAAUUUCUUUAUAAAAAAAUAGAAAGGGAGGACAACUUGUCAUACAAGGGAAACAUGAGUGGAUGCAUCCACUUGUUGCUCAAAUGAGAUGAGUUGUCCAAACUCCAAAGUGUGUGGAAGCUGUGUUAACUUCCGCUGGAUUUGCCCAUAUUUUGACAUUUUGCCGGAUUUCCUUUCCCCUCUUUACUUUUCUUAUUCUUUUGAACACCUCAAGAAGAUUGUCCUCCACGCCUAUUUACUUGUAGGAAUGUUUAGACUAUGUUAAAUUUAGUUUAAAAUAAUUUUCAGUACUCUAUUUCUUUUUUACCAUGCAACAUUUUUGUGUAGCGUUAAAAUGCUUAUAAAAAGUGGUAAACCCUAAGACUUUGAAAGGCCAGAAGAUAGUGCACAAAAAUUUACAAAAUACCAUCUAAACUAACCCAAAACCAUAAGGCAACCUUUGCCAAAAUUUACAAAAUACCAUCUAAACUAACCCAAAACCAUAAGGCAACCUUUGCCAAAGGUGAAUGGGCUCAAUGACAUACGAGCAUGACUUCUAUAUACAUAACAGUUCUAAUGAUAAUAUUACAUAGAACUUUAAAAUGUUUUAAUCCAAGAAUUUUAAAAAUAACUAAAUACUUUUCUUAGAGAAGAUAAGUAACACUCAACUCUCAUUUCUACAAACAAUCAUACAUUUGCCUCUCAUCUCUAUAAACAAUCAUACAUUUCCCCGGACGCGUGGCAUGGGUAGCCCGGAACUUCAUAACAUGUACUUGUACAGCUACGUAAAUGAAUUUCCAUGUAAGUUAAAAAAAUUAGUUUUCUCACAAUUUAUUUUUUUCUCUCUAAAUCUCAAUUCCAAAUGGGUCAGUACCCAUGAGAUAUUUCUUAGCAGUAAUAAUGUCUCUCAGCUCACAGAGACGAUAUAAUCAAGAGAGGAUCUGCUAGCAAGUACCAAUUAAAUAUGACUGGAAGAGGAUUAUUAUGCAUAUUUAAAUAUCAUCAGAAAAUGUGUCUUUUCUCGGUGCCUUCGAUCAGACAAGGUCUCAAGAUUUUUAUUUCUUUCAUUUUUUUUUUUUAUUCUUUUCCAAAAAUCCAAUUAAAAGUAGACCAUCUACCUUCUACAGCUGUUUAAUACCAAUACAGAUAGGGAAAAACUCUUUUAUCUUGUUUGAAAUUAAAAUUUUUACAAGAAAACAGAGAUUUAGGCUUUCUAAUAGGAAGUAAUGAAAAAGGACUGGCAAUAAAUUUUGAUGAAUGAACAGUGUAAUAAAUAAUGGUGAGACAAUAACAUAUGCAUGGAAGCACAGCACGGGAGGAGGGGAGCCACAGAAGCCAUAAAUUUUGAGCUAAGCAUUUAAUGACUAAACUCUCUCACUCCCCACAGUGAGCAAUCUCAACACAAAACUCAGAUUCAUACAUUUGAAUCUUCAACGGCUAUAAAACAAAAACAUCUCAUGUAAACACUUUCAUCUCCUCACUAUAUCCUCCCUCUGUCUCCCAACAAAGGAUCCUCGUGAUGAAGAGCUCUUCAAUUUCACGAGUUUCAUAUUCUUCACUCUUCUUCUCAGAAAUGCUUCCCAGACUCAGCUCCGACUCCUUCAAAUACCUUGCAAUUCUUCCCCAGAGUCAUGCAUAAUCUACUUCCAGGCAUUCUCUUUGAGCUUAACGUUUCCAUGGAAGCCAAAUCUCACCUUUUCUUUUCCAUUCUUUUGUUCAACUUUGUCUUCCUCCAUGCAAACACUUUACAAACUUACAUAGUUCAGCUUCACCCACAUGGCAAAACGAGAUCUUCCUUUGCUACUGAGUUUCACUGGCACAUCUCAUUUCUUGAGCAGAUCAUUUCCACCGAAGAAGACUCUUCUUCUCGGCUUAUCUACUCAUACCAUUCUUCCAUGGAAGGUUUUGCAGCUCAGCUUUAUGAAUCAGAGCUCGAGUUAUUGCAGAAGUUGCCUGAUGUUAUUGCAAUUAGGCCAGACAGGAGGCUCCAAGUUCAAACUACCUAUUCUUACAAAUUCCUAGGACUUAAUCGCACGGGUGAAGAAGGUGCUUGGUACGAGUCUAGAUUUGGUCGUGGAACAAUAAUUGGAGUCCUUGAUACAGGAGUUUGGCCUGAGAGUCCAAGCUUCAAUGAUCAAGGAAUGCCACCAGUUCCCAAGAAGUGGAGAGGGAUUUGCCAAGAAGGGCAAGAUUUUGAUUCUUAUAAUUGUAACAAGAAACUCAUUGGUGCAAGGUUCUUCAACAAAGGUCACCGUGUGGCAUCUACUUCGAUAUCAUCAAACACUAUUCAGGAGUAUUUGUCCGCGAGAGAUUCUCACGGGCAUGGAACUCACACAUCAUCAACAGCAGGAGGAGCUUCGGUACAAAUGGCAAGUGUGCUCGGUAUUGGAGCUGGUAUUGCGCGAGGAAUGGCGCCUGGUGCACACAUUGCAGUCUACAAAGUUUGCUGGUUUAAUGGAUGUUACAGCUCAGAUAUCCUAGCUGCAAUGGAUUUUGCAAUCAUAGAUGGAGUUGACGUCCUGUCCCUUUCUUUGGGAGGUUUUUCCAUACCACUUUUCGCAGACAGCAUUGCAAUUGGAAGUUUUCGAGCAGUUGAGCAUGGGAUUUCAGUUAUUUGUGCAGCAGGAAACAAUGGUCCUCUGCAGAACUCAGUUGCAAAUGAAGCUCCAUGGAUUGCUACAGUUGGUGCAAGCACAAUUGACAGAAAAUUUCCUGCUAUAGUUCAAUUGGGAAAUGGACAAUUCCUUUAUGGAGAAUCCAUGUACCCAGGAAACAAGUUUUCAAACACUGUAAAAGAGCUUGAACUAGUUUACGUAACGGGUGGCGACAUGGUGAGUGAAUUUUGCUUCAGAGGCUCUCUCCCAAGAGCAAAAGUACGGGGCAAAAUGGUCGUUUGUGACCGAGGCGUCAAUGGAAGGGCAGAAAAAGGUCAAGCUGUGAAGGAAUCUGGUGGGGCUGCAAUGAUCUUGGCCAAUACAGAAAUCAAUCUCGAAGAAGACACAGUUGAUGUCCAUGUUCUUCCUGCAACAUCUAUUGGUUUUUCAGAAUCAGUAAGCCUAAAAGCUUACAUAAACUCCACAAGUAAACCAAGAGCUCGAAUCCUUUUCGGAGGAACUGUAACCGGGAAGUCAAGAGCACCAGCAGUAGCUCAGUUUUCAGGCAGAGGACCAAGUUUUAUCAACCCUUCAAUCCUCAAACCAGAUAUGAUUGCUCCUGGAGUAAACAUAAUAGCAGCCUGGCCUCAAAACUUAGGCCCUUCUGGUCUUCCAGAAGAUUCAAGAAGAGUAAAUUUCACAGUCUUAUCAGGAACAUCCAUGGCUUGUCCCCAUGUCAGCGGAAUUGCUGCACUGAUUCACUCAGUUCAUCCUAAAUGGACCCCUGCUGCUGUUAAAUCAGCAAUAAUGACUACUGCAGAUGUAACAGACAACUCAGGAAAUGCAAUAAUGGAUGGUGAAAAACCAGCAGGAGUUUUUGCAAUGGGAGCUGGGCAUGUAAACCCAGAAAGAGCCAUGAAUCCAGGAUUGAUAUACGACAUUAAACCAGAGGAUUAUGUUAUUCAUCUAUGCACACUAGGAUACACAAGAUCAGAAAUUUUCACCAUCACUCAGAGGAACAUAAGCUGCAAUGAACUAUUGCAGACGAACAAGGGUUUCAGCCUCAAUUAUCCUUCCAUUUCAGUAAUUUUCAAGCAUGGAAUGACAAGUAACAUGAUCAAGAGACAACUAACGAAUGUGGGGAGUCCUAAUUCCAUCUACUCAGUGGAAGUAACAGCUCCUGAGGGAGUCAAAGUGAGAGUAAAACCUCGACGUCUAGUUUUCAGACACAUAAAUCAAAGUUUGAGCUAUAGAGUAUGGUUCAUAUCAAGGAAGAAAACAACAGUAAAAGAGACAGUAAGCUUUGCACAAGGGCAUUUGACAUGGGUGCAUUCUCAAAAUAAGCUUCCCAGAGUUAGAAGCCCCAUUUCAGUGAUUUGGAAGUACAAGUAGCAGAAGUUAUCACAUUUCUGAUUGUUGUUGAACUAAAAGGCCUAGGAUUUAGUUCACCAUUGGUAUUGCAUAAGAGGAUUUGUAGCCAUGAAGGUUUGUUGGUGGAACUUAUAUUUGACUACCACAGUUUAUUAUGUGAUAUUAAUCUCCUACUUUAAAUUGGU